AACGUAGACAGUGCAAUUGUCAACUAAGAUUUAUAGUAUUUGCAGAAUACCAUAAAUAAACAAUAAAAAUAUAAUAUUACGAUGUCUGAUGAAGAAGAUAUGAGAGAUUUAUUACCUGAUAAAACAGCAAAUAAUCACAAUGAUUCUUUACAACGCCAAGCCAAACAGCAAUCAAAAAUGAGUGCUUUACAAUACAUACAUAUGGCUAUUUUAAGUAGUUUGAUAGGUUUUUUAUUUGGUUAUGAAGCAGGAUUAGGGGUAGAUAAUUUAGUGAAAUUAAGAUACACUAUCACCCUUGAUUGUACUGAAGAAAAUGCCGUAAUAACAUCUUGGAUUAUAGGGGCUCUGUUUUCAUCUUUCAUCGGAGGAUCAUUGGUCAAUAAAUUUGGUGCAAGAGCUGUACUUUCAUUCUGUUCUUCGUUAUUGUUUUCUUGUUCACUUAUGAGCUCUCUAACGGAAUCAUUUAUAAUAUUUUUGAGCUCAAGAAUUCUUGCUGGAUUUGCUGGAUCGCUCUUGUUUAUCACACAAUAUAUCAACAUAACUAGUUCAUAUAAUCAGAAAAAAUAUCAACUAAUGCUGCUGAUGUCUUUAUUUUCAACCAUUAGCUACAUAGUUCUUACUUAUAUGAGCUUUUCUCGAAUAUCAUGGAGAUCUGAGUUUGGAUUGACAUCUGUUGUAUCUGUUGUAACUUUUGUGCUAUUACUAUUGCUUCCAAGAACAAAUUAUAAUUUGAAAAAUGGACAACAAACUGCAAAUCUCACACCUUCGAAAUAUAGCUCUAAGACUAUACAAACAAUUAUUCUUGGAAUUUCAUUAGUUGUUUUAUGUGAAAUGAUGGGCCAUGCGACUAUAAGAUACUAUUCUACCAUAAUACUGGGAAUGUUUGGGGUGUGCUCAAAAUAUCAACAAAAUAUGGCAGUGAUAAUAUUAAAUCACUUGAGGGCUGUAACAACUGCAAUUUUAAUGUUCACGAUAGAUAAAAUAGGUAGACGUUCUUCUUUAAUACUUGGGACAGCAAUAAUGGCCAUCACUUUGCCAUUACUAGGUAUUUUAUCAUUUAAUGACUCAUAUGACAACUCAAUAAAUUUACAAGAAUUCAGGGAAAAUUCUUGGAUGAAUGAAAAUACAUUACAAAAUUGCCAUAGAGUACUUAUUGGUAUGGACAUGAGCUAUGUAAUUGAGCCUGAAUUUAUUACACAUAAACAGAAAAAGUUAACUCAUUUGUCAUUAAUGGAAGAUAAAACUCCUUAUCCAUUUUUGCCAACUCCGCUAGCAAUGACGGCUGAAACUCAAACAGCUAAUACUAUCGACUUUUUGUUUGAUUGCAAUCAUAAUAAUGGUCCAUGGUCGGAUGAUUCUGUGCCAUCUAAAGCAGCUAAAUUAAUAUUAAUAUUCUUAUAUGAAUCUGGAAAUGCACUUGCUUCUAAUUUUAUAUACUGGAUUACAUUAUCUGAAAUCGCACCAAACAAUAUAAAAGGAACUCUUAUUGGAAUAAUGAUUGGAAUACAUUGGCUCAGUACACUAAUUUUACAAAACAUGUUUCCAAAUUUCAUAGAUACAUUUUCAAUAUCUGGAAUAUUUUUCCUUCAUUGUGUGGCAUGUUUGAUAGGUCUAUUUGUAUCUUUUCUUUUUAUUCCUGAAGAUGAUGCAUUAUUAAACAACAAAAAAUUUUACAUGCAUUCAAUGUUAAAUAACUUGAGACAUUUAACAAGAUUUCGAAGUUCUAGAGUUGCUAACAUACAAGCGCCUCAAUCCACUGCAAUAUAACAAAUAUCAUCUACUUAAAGGACAAGAGCAUUUUAUGCAAUUUUGGCUUCAAGAAUUCAUGAUAUUUUACCUAUGCAUAUUCACACAUAGAACAAAGACAUACACAUAAAAAUAUAUCUAUGCAUAUAUAUGCGGAAUUUAUAAA